AUGGCUGGAAGCACUGACGUGGCAGCGCUGGAAGAGAGCUUCCGGAAGUUUGCAAUCUAUGGAGACACCAAAGCUACAGGGCAAGAAAUGACUGGGAAAAACUGGGCCAAACUGUGCAAGGAGUGUAAAGUAAUGGACGGCAAAGGGGUCACCGGCACAGACGUGGACAUCGUCUUCUCCAAAGUGAAAGGGAAGACAGCCAGAGUCAUUGGUUACGAGGAAUUCAAAAAGGCCCUAGAGGAGCUGGCCCCAAAGAGGUUUAAGGGCAAGAGCAAGGAGGAAGCAUACGAAUCCAUCUGCCAGCUGGUGGCAGGGAAGGAACCGACCAACGUAGGCGUCACUAAAGCCACAACUGGCGGGGCGGUGGACAGGCUGACGGACACCACCAAGUACACGGGCUCGCACAAGGAGCGCUUCGAUGAGAGUGGCAAGGGCAAAGGGAAGAGCGGGCGGGAGAACAUCGUAGACACCAGCGGCUAUGUGGGGGCCUACAAGAAUGCUGGCACCUACGACGCAAAAGUGAAGAAAUAG